AUGCGGAUGAGCUCGCGGUGCUCUGGCAGAAACCCCUUCUUUGGCGAGGAGGAGUGGAUUCCACUCGAUGCGGAUGAGCUCGCGGUGCUGUGCCUUGAAUUGGGGGGAUGGGCACCUACGACAGACCCUCAGAGCGUUUUAAGCUCUUCGAUUCGGAUGCCACCAGUAGUUUCAACUUCAAGGGGGCAUGCGGGAACGUAUAUGUUGCAAGGUUUACAGACUCCCAGUGAUCUGUCUGGGGCGUCGUCAAGGGAGAAAUGGCACCGAGCGGCCGGGCAGUACAGAGGCCAGCGUAUUUCGCAUGGGGAUUCUGAUGGGUGGGGGCCGAGUCCUAGCAAGGUACAAAGACGUUCAUGUGAUAGCUCUGAACAGACAGGUGCCGUGACAGGUGCUGUCACUGAGAGCAGCGCUGAGCAGAGACUUGCACAGGCAGUUCAGCAAACUACUGGCACGCCCUCUGCGGAUGACAAGCUGCUAGAGUCUCAAGGGGUGCCCACCCCAUUUGCUCACGAGAAAAAUCUAACGGCUUCGACCGGGGAUAUCCAAGGUGUACAGCAAACGCAGUUCUCUGUACGGUCAGUAUUGCAGCAGUCGCCAACUACCCCUCCGGAGACCUCCACUGCUCCGCCUACAGGAAGCGCCACCCGUACUGUAACCGCCUUGGCAGACUCCGAAGAGGCAUCGGCUUCCGAGGGCGUGUGGGUGCCUGGGGGUCAAAGCGGUUCAUUCGCCUCUGCGGGGCCGGCCCCAAAUGGCUCUGGCGAAGCCUCAGCAGGAUCAGCAGCAUUGGCAGUUGUCCAGAUGUUAUCGGGGCCAGAGGGUGAAAGCGGCCCGCGUAAGCAUCCUUUCGUUCGAGUGCCGGUGUUAAUGCCGUAUGUGAGAGUUGCAGAUAUAAGCGAUAAAACUCCCGAACGUGGGACUUCAGGUGGACCCAUAGCUGUUAUCCUUAGGGAUGUCAGAAACUUGUGUCUGAAACCGGCGCUCCACAUAUGUGAGGCAAAUGAGCUGGUGAGUGCAGCAAUUACCUCUAUUGCCACAGAGUCUUUAGGGCGUCGGUUCUUGGUGUUCAACGUAUUCCAUACAGUUUUGAAGCUUACAGGAGACAGCAAACCGCGCUUGAUGAAAUUGUGGCAGGACCUUAUUGCAAAUGUUCCAACGGUGUAUGCUCAGCCUUCUCGGAACAUCUCCAGCAAGAGGCACAGGUUCCAGCAUGAGUUGUCACAUCAGCUAAGCGCAGCACUGGAAUCAUACAAGAACGGGUCUUCGCCCUCAGAGGACGAAAUACUUGAUAUAAAGCGCAAGCUGUUUUGCAUGGAAUUCUCGCCCCGAUGCUUCCUCCGCGAGUCGUGGAAUCUGUGGAGACAGGACGACAAGGAAUUUAGAGGCGCUUCGUGA